AUGCAUGAAGAGAUCAAGAAAGUAGAAUAUAUUUUAAAACAAGAAAGCAACGAGACAAACAAUUAUCCUAAUAAACAAGAACUAGAAGUAAAUAAAAUGAGUAUAGAAACAACAAACAUAGAGGAAUCGCCUAGAAUAGAGCUUAUAGAAAUAGAAAUGACCUCAGUUAAAACUCAAGGUGAAACAAAAGCAAUAACUACAACUAGAAACAUAGCAAAGAAAAUAAGAAAAAGAGAAGAGCAAGCAAGACUUAAAUUAGAAAAGCAAGCAAGAUCAGAACUAGAAGAUAUAUAUAUAUGCAGAA